UGUGCCCAAAAACCUAUCCCACAGCACCAACCAAACAGGCUCCGUCUCCCUCUCACUCAUGUUUCAAAUAAACUCCAUUUCUGCUUCUCGCAGAGCUACAAGCUUGUUGUUGAUUAAUUUGCUGCAACUGCAAUAACCUGUGUCGUCUGUUUCGGCAUUUCUUGGCCCCAAAGCACGCUCCAUCUCCACCCAUCCAUCCAUCCAUCCAUCCAUGCCUUGCUGCUAGUUGCCAAUGCCUUCGUCGCCAACGCCAAUUCGCUCUUCGCGUUGUCCUCCCUUUACUUCUUGGCCAACGCCAACGCCACUUAGGUGGCGCGUCUCGUCGCCGUGCCGUGCGUCCUUGCCUCCCAAGAGACCGUCCCCUUCUUUACCCUUGAUCCCAUCGCUCUCUGCCUGCACGCGCUGUACUGCACCUCCGUGCGCUCCUGUACGUCUUCUCUCACCAUUCAUCCAUCCAUCCUUUGCUUGUGAUCCUCCUGUUCAUCCACUGCUCACAUCAGAUUCUGAUUCUCCGUAGGCGUCGCACCGCGGCUUCCUAAUCGGAUCAGUGGUAGCCAUAUAUAUAUUUGCAGUUCCUCCAGGACAUGUGCUUUUCUGAUAAAGUGUGCUAGUCCUCUCUGCGUGCCAAACGGCCAGAGCAAGGAAUAUAUCUCGGUUGUUCAUCACAGGAAGGUAUAUAUCUUUGGAAGAACUGGAUAGAUGCAUCGUCGUCAGAAAGUGUGACGAAACACGAAAGGUUGCAUUGGCGUCCGUAGUUGGUUCCAUUAUUAGCCUUCAGUUCAAAUGGAGCUAGGAGGCUUUAAGAUGUUCAACAUAGUUUCAUCGUGGAACAAGAGGCGGAGAAGCAGAUCACUUGAUCAGUUAAAUCCCUGGGUGUACAAGCCGGCUGAGCUAUGGCAGGCGAAGGAGAAUCACCCGCCGCCGCCGAAGAAGCGCAGCGGCACGAUGGUGUUCACGCUCAAGGAGAUGGAGGCGGCCACCAACAUGUUCAGCGACCGCAACCUCGUCGGCAAAGGCGGCUUCGGCCGGGUUUACAGAGGCGUCCUCAAGGAUGGCCAGAUCGUUGCCAUCAAGAAGAUGGACCUGCCUACUUCGAAGCAGGCCGACGGUGAGCGCGAGUUCAGGGUGGAGAUCGACAUCCUGAGCAGGCUAGACCACCCCAACCUGGUCACGCUCAUCGGCUACUGCGCCGACGGCAAGCACCGGUUCGUCGUCUACGAGUUCAUGCCCAGAGGCAACCUCCAGGACAUCCUCAAUGGCAUUGGGGAGGUGAGGAUGGACUGGCCGCUGCGGCUGCGGAUCGCGCUGGGCGCGGCGCGGGCGCUGGCCUACCUGCACUCCAGCACGGCCGUCGGCGUCCCCGUCGUCCACAGGGACUUCAAGUCCAGCAACAUCCUCCUCACCCAGCACUACGAGGCCAAGAUCUCGGACUUCGGGCUCGCCAAGCUGCUGCAGCAGGACCAGGACCUGCACACCACCACCAGGGUGCUGGGCACCUUCGGCUACUUCGACCCCGAAUACGCACUGACAGGGAAGCUGACGCUGCAGAGCGACGUGUACGCGUUCGGCGUGGUGCUGCUGGAGCUGCUGACGGGGCGGCGAGCCAUCGACCUGAGCCAGGGACCGCAGGAGCAGAACCUCAUCGUGGGGAUCCACCAGGUGGUGGGCGACCGCAAGAAGCUGCGCAGGGUGGUGGACAGGGACAUGCCCAAGGCCUCCUACACGGUGGAGUCCGUGUCCAUGUUCGCCGCGCUCGCCGCGCGCUGCGUCUGCUUCGACAGCGCCGGCCGCCCCGCCAUGCAGGACUGCGUCAAGGAGCUCCAGUUCAUCAUGUACGCCAACAUGAAGAUAUGAUGGUAUCAUAUCAUCACUCUCCUCUCGCUCAGAGUCGGAAUGUCGCCCGAUCUGGAGGGCGCAAACCGCGCAGGGGUUUUGAGACGGGGCUGCUGCUGGAUUGCAAUUGCAGGUCUGCAGCUUUUGUUUGGUGAUGAAACGAAUUGUUGAAAGGGAUGGUCUCAUGAUCAUGAUAUUUGUACAGGCUCAUAUAGUUACUGCUAGUAGUAACUUCACUUUGUUUGCGAUAGGAAUGUAUAUGGACUUUGGUCUGUAAAUGCGAAAUGCAUUUCGUAAUAAUAAACAAAAUGUGGAUACCAAACAAUAAGGGCUCUGUUUGGGACCGCAAACUCCAUUUGAGAUUAAGGAGAGA